AUGGAAACUCAAAAGGUGCAGAAAAACCAGUGUGACAUGAAAACAGAUCUGAACUUACUGCUUGAAUGCCUUAAAUAUCAGAUGGACUGCCCUGCGUCUCAGAAAGAGGCUUUGAUCACUAUUUAUUCAAUUUGUCAACAAAACAGUGAAGCAAGCGAAUAUUUUCGAGAAAUUGGUGGUUUGAUGUUUAUAAAUGAUCUUGCAAAGUCAAGUGUUCACCGCAUAGUAAAGGAAGCGGCUUUAUUUACAUUAGGAAUUAUAAUAGAGAGUAAUGUUUAUUGUCAACAAACUUUGUGUACUUCUGCAUUGUUUGAAGACCUCAUUUUAUUUUUAAUUAAUAAGGAUUCUGGUGUGAACUUGAAAAGAAUGUCUGUUUAUGUCAUCUUAGUACUGGUUUCGAAUAAUAAAAGUGGGCAAACCUAUGUCAGAGAUACAGGCUGCAUUGGUCUUCUGCUACAGUUAUUCAGAACAACUCUUUCCAUAUCUGAGAUGAAUCUGUCAGAUGAAAAUACUAAUCAGUGCUACCAGCUGUGGUCUUCAGUCUGCAGUACUCUCUGUGCCUGUGUUAACAAUCCUCAGAAUGAAGAUAAUCAAAACAUUUGCUGUUCAGUUUUUCCAUAUGCCAAAGAGUGGCUUGAAAGUUGCACAGAGCCUGAGAUAGUUCGUCCUAUUUGUUCAUUUGUUGGUCUCACAGUUGCAAAUAACUCAUAUGUGCAGAAAUAUUUUGUUUCUGUUGGAGGAUUGGAUACAUUAGCUCAAGUUCUUAUCAAGCUUAUGCAUGAUUCUUGUAUGAGUCACUCAAGCACAAAACUUGCAGUAGUAGUAACAAAGACCUUGGAUGCCUGCAUUGCUAAUGACUCUGCCAUGGGUGUUGUCUUGACAAAGUAUCACACUGUGUCAGAGCUACUGAAGCUGCUGUCUAAUGACACUCUGGAUACAGGAGAAAAAAUCAGUAUUAUUCUAACAAUUGGACACUGUACUGAAGUUUGUGAAGAAAACCAGUGUGAACUGCUUCAGAGCAAUGGUCUUCCACUUAUGAUUCAGGUAUUAACUGAGUCUCAGGAUGAGGAACUAAACAAAGCUGCUACUUUUGUGCUGCAAAACUGCAAACAAAUGACUGAACAGUUGUCCCUGAAAAUAAAUGAUAAUUCAUUGAACGUAAACAAUGCAGAAGAGUUGGAGGUGCAAGUCAGAAAAAGAAGUCUACAAGACUACUGGAAGAAAGCAAAAGAAAUUUUACACAGAAUAAACUUGAUUGAAAAAGAACAUGAUGAGGAAAGAGUGCAAGGAAGAGUAUUUGUAGACAGAUCUUCAGAAGCCAAUAUUGAAGCAUCAAAAUACCAUGAAGUGAAUCCUGCUGAUCCAAAAACUUCUAUCAAAAGAGCACAUAAAGAAAUACAUUGUCCACGGUUGACCUCUAAGUUGGAUGAUCAGGUUCUUGCUCCAUCUGUAAAUUCUUCUCCACUGAAAAAUGAAAUAGUGAACACUAUGGAUCCAGUAAAUGCUUCUACUAGACAAAGUGGACAGACUAAUAUUCCAUGUUCAGUUAAUGAACUGCAAACAGACAGUGUACUUCAAAGUCACAGUAUAAAUGAAAAAACUGCUUGUGUAAAAAAUCAGUCUGUUCUUCAAGUAAGUGAACACUUAUUUAAACAACCAGCAGCGAUUGUUAAAAAUAUGAAACAAACAUGCACAUCAGAUCAACAUUCAUUCUACUCAGAGAUAACCAAGGAAGAAAAAAGUACUUCACCUACAUCUGUAUCCCAUAAAAUGGCAAAUUUAAGGUGUUUAGGCUGUACAGCAGGAGGACUGUCUGUCAAUAGUAAAACCUUUACUAAGAUGUUGCAAAAUUGUCCAUACCAGUGUGACCGUCACAAAGUCAUUCUGGAAGCUGAAGAAAGAUAUAAAAAGGAACUUUGCAAAUCAGCUGUUUGUAACAACAGUAGAUAUGCAACUAAUGAGAGUAUUCUUUUGACUCCAAUUAGAAAAAACAAAUCUGACACUUCAAAUAGAGACGAACAUAGUAAAAAUACUAGGUUGACUGAUGACUAUAACUUGAUACCUACGUAUGAAAAGUCUUUCCAAAAAACCCAAGACGCUAACUCGAAGAGACAAAGAAUCAAAGAAAUGUGCAACCAGCAAUGUCAGCGCUUAAAAGAAAAUUGCAUAUAUUCACUUGACAAAGAUGAGAACAAUAAAAUAUGUUCCUUGGACAUGAACACAAGAAGUUUAAACAAGAGAAGAAGAACCCGAAAAGAUUUCACGACUGAAGAAAUUAACUGUCUUUUGAGUGGAGUAAAAAAAAUGGGUAAUCACUGGAAUUUAAUUUUGUGGUCUUAUCCAUUUCAGAAAGGACGGACAAGUGUUGAUCUUUCCAAGAAAUACUACAGGUUACAGUUGCAAAGGCAAGAAAAAAACAAAGAUCAUCAAUAACAUCUUUCAAGAGUAUUUUGGAUUUUGG